UUAAGACCAACUCAAAGCAUCCCAAGAGACUUGAACCAAACUAAACAUGUCGUCCGGUGAGAUUCUUGUGGUGCCCAAAAACGGGCAAGGCCACCUCUUCCCUUCCAUGCAGCUCUGCAAACACCUCAUUUCCCGAAACUACACCAUCACCCUCAUCGUCGACUCCGAUAUCACCUCCUCUAUCCCCUCCUCUCUUCUCCAAUCCCCUCUCUUCCAACUAACCCACAUCUCAACCGGAUCCGGCCCGAGCCAGCCUUUCCACCGCAACCACCAGCAGAUGGGCCACGGCAUCGAGACUCUACUGGCCCGACGGGAUCCGAAUUCGACCAGACCCGUAUGUGCCAUCGUAGACCACAUAAUGAGUAAGACCCAGGAGGUUUUUUCGAGGUUUGGUGUGCCCACGGUGGUUUUUAUUACAUCUGGGGCGUGCUGGGCGGCGGUCCAGCACGCUGUGUGGGUGGUCCGACCCGGAGACAUGACACCCGGUGAGGUCCGGGUCCUGCCCGGUUUACCGGAGGAGAUGGUCCUAAAGUAUUCGGAUCUUAAGCAACGUCGUCAUUGGCGCCCUCCACCGGCUAAAGAGGUCGAAAAGGAUCCAAAGGGUGGUAUGAAACCGCCACGUGGCCCGCCUUUACCGGGGGAACCGGCUCCGUGGGUGGAAGAAGUGGAAUGCUCGGCGGCGAUAUUGAUCAACACGUGCGACGAUCUGGAGCGUCCGUUUCUUGAUUACGUGGCGAAGUUGACCCAGAAGCCCGUUUGGGGUGUGGGCCCGCUGUUGCCGGAUCAGUAUUGGCAGUCGACGGAUUCGCUGCUCCGGGAGCGAGAGAUCCGGCCCAGGAAAGAAUCUAAUUACACCGAGGAUGAGAUAAUCGAGUGGUUGGAUCAGCAGCCGCGUGGGUCGGUGAUGUACGUGUCAUUUGGGAGUGAGGUGGGUCCCACAAUGGAGGAGUACCCUGAGCUGGCUGGUGCACUGGAGGAGUCGACCCGGCCAUUCAUAUGGGUCAUCCAACGAAAAUCAGCUCCUCAACACUCGGGUCAACCCGGUUUAGGUGGUGUGGAAGCACAAGAGUAUUUUCCUCAUGGGUUGGAUAGCAAAAUUGGUAAGAGGGGUUUGAUAAUACACGGGUGGGCACCACAGCUGUUGAUACUGAGCCAUCCAUCGACGGGUGGGUUUGUAUCGCAUUGUGGAUGGAAUUCCACGGUGGAGGCGAUCGUGCGUGGGGUCCCAUUCUUGGCAUGGCCCAUAAGGGGUGACCAAUACUACAAUGCCAUGCUGGUUGUCAGACAUCUCAAGGUGGGGACCAUGGUCUCAGAGGGAUAUCCAGAUGAUAAAGUUAAGAAGAGUGAUAUAUUGCAUGGCAUAGAGAAAGUUCUCACCGACGGCGAUAUCAGAAGCCAAUCUGAGAUUCUUCGUGGCCAAUUUGAGCAAGGCUUUCCGGCGAGCUCGUUGGCGUCGUUGGAUGCGUUUAAGGAUUUGAUCAACCAAAAAGCAGCAUAAGUCCGAAUAAGACCCUAGCUUGAUUAGGAACUUGUACUAGAGUUUCGACUUUGAACUCUCUCCAAUCUAUUUGCAUCGUAUUAUAUAUUAAUUGUAUAUUAAGGUAAA